AUGCAGCGGGAUCAACUCGCGCGCUGGCAGUCGGAUCUCCAGGCCUACAGGACUACCUCUCCCUUGCGAAAAUUCACGCGCCGCGAGCACCUCGUGCGGGAGCUCUCGUCAGGUGAUAUUAAGGUGGUCUUUUUCCUCCGCGCCUCGGAUCACACGUCGUUCGCGGCUGAUCAUCAGCUGGCGGUCGAGCUGGCCAAGCGGUUUCGCAAGUUCCCCGUUUGCUAUUCCCCCUCUCCUGUGGUGAAAGGCAGAGGGGGGGGAUCUUCCGGCACCGUCGUGAAUCCCGUUGCUACCCAUAACGACGAUACAAUUUCUUCAAAAUGUUGGGUUCCAUCCUUCCGUGUGGAUGUAUUUUGGGUUGACGCUGGUGAGCAGCUCGCGCUGACUUCUCAGCUCGGGAUCAAAAUGGUGCCGUCGGUUAUUUUCUUCACACCGAUGAAAACUGCCGAGAUGGGGGUGACAAGGGACGACACGGAUGAGGGUGACAUCGUUCAGGGCGCCCAUAUCCUAAACCGAAUGGACCUGAAUCUUCACGAUACCAUCGUCCUGCACAACCGCGGGGAGCUCACGCCGGCUUUUCCAACCACGGUGGAUGAUCUACUGCGCGUUAUGGCCGGGCCGAGGUUCCACGACCUGCUUCAGGUCAGGCCAAAUCCUAUAUCACUGAAAACACUCUACUGGGAUGACAAUAGCGGCAGUGAUGGCGGCGACCUUCAAAAUCAGCGCUACCUCAGACUCAACUACCGCUACCAAGCGGCAAGCGAAGAGAAUGAGGAGGAAGAGGAGGAGGCCUUUCGUCUUCUGAACGACUUCCUCUCCGUAGAGACGGAUGAGAUCGAGCAAAGUGAGGGGGAUACCGGAGUUGUCGCCGAACAGAAGGCUGAGGAUGUAGAUUUCUGGAAGGAGCAGCUUGAAAAGCGUAAACAGGCUAAGGCGGAGCGUGUUCGGCAGAAGGCCGCUAGGACCUCCGAUGCGCGCCAACAGGCAGUCAAGGAGUUCAAAACAAAUGUCCUUCGAGAGGUGAGCGAAGGCCUCAGACAGGACACUCUAGUUGUUACGCGCCAUGCUAUGCGUCGGACAGAUUUGCCGCCGCGAAAUCCUCUCAUUGCGUUCCGUCAGUGGGAGAAGGAGGCCCCACUGAUGGCUGCGGAGAUGAUUUACGACGUGGUGGAGGACGGAACAGUCCUUGGUACUCAAGCUUAUUAUGGACUAGAGAGGGAAGCCGAUGCUGAGUAA